UGUAUCCACUGGGCAGUUGGGGAAGCCUCAAGCCAUCAUUGCCCUCUACUUCCUGUUGCAUUCCUAGGCUUGUUCCCUUUUUCAGAAAUAGCAUGUUGUCGACUAUAUAGCAUUCUGACCUCUGCACGGUGACUUCCUGAUCCUUCUUUUCCUAUAAAUACAAGAGCAGAGCUGCGCUUCCAGGAAGCCCAGGAGUCCUCCAGCCAGCUCUGCCUGAACACCUGGAAGAUGAAGAUCUCUGCAGCUGCUCUCUCCUUCCUCGUCCUGGCUACUGCCCUUGGAUCCCCAGCCCAUGGAUCCCUGGUCCAUGGAUCCUUGGACGAUGAACUCAAACUGAUGAUAAAUCGGCUGGAACCCUCAAUAAAUGAACAAGGCAUGCACCAUCCUGCUGAAUGCUGCUUCUCCUACACCCCACGAAAAAUCCGAUGCGCAAUCAUGAAAAGUUAUUUUCAAACAACCAGUAGAUGCUCCAGGCCUGCUGUCAUCUUUAUUACCAAGGGGCAGCAGAAGGUCUGUGCCAACCCCGGAGAUGAAGGAGUUCGGAGAUGCUUGAUGAGCCUGGAGCAGGUCCCAGAAAGGAACCUGGGGAAAAUAUUGCUUAAGGAGAAGAGAUACUAGAUGCCAGCCACCCAAGUCCAUCUCUCCUACCACACCUCCUAGGAGUUUCUUGGCCAAAUUAUUUUUUUAAAAGCAACAAUUACUCUUCUGUUCUGGUUAUAAAAACUAUGCAUGAAUAAAACGUAUCCAAUUUAAUUUUAUUUUAACUUUAAGAGGAAAAAGAAAUGUAAAAAUUGCUAAAUUUUGGAUUUGUGGGGAUUUUUUCCAAAAUGAGACAUCAUCGCAUAAUUUUUUUAAGCUAAAAACAUGACUCAUUCAAGUACAGAUUGAACAUCUUCAAAGAUGUACUUAACCCAUUAAUGAGGGAACCAUAAAACUGAUUCGAAGGUCAUCUGAGGAACAGAGAUUUAUAGAGUUGGUUAGGGAUGGCAUUCUGAAAUGUUUAACUUAGAGAAAAACAGAUUAGUAUCUAAUAGGGCAAUAUAACGAUAACUUUUAGGAUCAUUUUUACUGGAUAAAAAUCAUUUGCAUCUGCACUGGCCAAAACCAUAAGUUAACAUGUAUUUUCACAUAAUCUGGGCCCUGAUCAAUAGUAAAUAGAACAUCAGUCAAAAGUUUAUUUCCCUCACAGCUGUAAAAAAUCCUGGGACUGAAGCUAAAGUUGAAUAAUAUUGAAUGCCAACUAUAACUAUAAUUAAAUUCACGCGAGGUGGAGUGCAGCGUAGGGAAGAUAGUCAAUGGUAUAGUUAACAGCUGUAUGCACUGUCCGAGGGGUAACAGAUUGUGGGGGGGGGGUUAUCACUUUGUGAGGGGUAUAAAUGUCUAACUAGUACAUUGCUUUAUACACCUGAAACUAAUAAAAUAAAAAAAUCCUGGGGUGGGUCUUUUAAACAAUGUUCCAAUGUCACACUGAAAAGCAUGCAGUCAUCCUGUUGCCUUAUUUCUGUUUUGGAUGUUUCUCCUUAAUAGAUAUAACUUCCUAAAAGAUGUCUUCUUUAAAGUUCAAAAACAUCAAGAAAAACAUUUAAAGUUGGAGUUAAUAUAAUUUUAUAUUCAUAUCUAUUAAAGCCUAUACACUUAUAUUUACAAUUAGUAACUCUUGGUCAACUGCCU